AGCCCCUGAAACUCUGACCUGGACAAUCAGCCUGGGAAGAUGCAGCUCCUCCUGCUCCUCUUAGCCUGCAUGCUGGUUCCUAGAGCAAAGACAGGGGAAAUCAUCGGAGGACAUGAGGCCCAGCCCCACUCUCGUCCCUACAUGGCAUAUGUUCAGUUCUUGAAAGGCAUAAAACGAAAAUGUGGUGGUUUCCUGAUCCGAGAAGACUUUGUGCUGACGGCUGCUCACUGUUUUGGAAGAUUCAUGAAUGUCACCCUGGGCGCCCAUGACAUCAGUCAGAAUGAAGAGACACAGCAGUUCAUCCCUGUGAGAAGAGCCAUCACCCACCCAGACUAUAAUACAAAGACACAUGUGAAUGACAUCAUGCUCCUACAAUUGAAGAAAAAGGCCAAUUUGACAAAAGCUGUAGGCAUACUCCAGCUACCUAAGACAAAGACCCAGGUAAAACCAGGGAAGACAUGCCGUGUUGCCGGCUGGGGCAAGCGCUCGCUGAAUGACAGACCAUCACCAACACUGUAUGAGGUAAACCUGACUGUACAGAAGGACCAGAUGUGUGAGUCCCGCUACCCCAAAUAUUACAAGAGCGCCUAUGAGAUAUGCGUGGGAGACCCGAAGAAAAAGUCUUCUUCCUUUCAGGGAGACUCUGGAGGCCCGCUCGUGUGUGACAACAUGGCUCAGGGCAUUGUCUCCUAUGGGCUCAACGAUGCUACUCCUCCACGGGUCUUCACCAAAAUCUCGAGUUUCCUGAUAUGGAUAAAAAAGACCAUAAAGAGCCUCCAAAUGAAGAAAUCAAACUGA